CCGGCAGCUCAUAGCAGCAUCAGCAGUCACCUCGCCCUUCUCAGUCUCGUCCCUACUACUUUGGUGCCUGAUUUCGCUAGGCCACAGCCUUCUUCCGACCUUGAUAGCUCCUCUCGUCCGUCCGCGAUGAAGAUCUACGCCCUCCUCGUGUACAGCGUCCCGCCAGGAGGCAAUGCUGUUCCUCUGUCUACGGCGUGGAAGUUGGAUGACUUUGGAUGGUUACAGAGGGGGACUGUUCAGGAUGUCAUUGGCUUCAUGAGCAAAACCGUAGCGGAACGCACUUCUCCAACACAACGCCAAUCAGUCCAAGAAAACACCUACGUAGCGCACGUCCAUGCCCGUCCUGCCUCGGAGGGAAUCACCGGCGUUCUCGUAUCAGACGCCGAUUACCCCGUCCGCGUAGCCUACUCGCUCCUGAACAAGAUCCUCGACGAGUUCCUCCUCAAGGUACCCAAGGUCAACUACGAGCGACAGGUCAAUGCGUUGACUACUGGUGGAGGGGUGCAGCCCGCAAAGGGAGAAGGUGUCGUACCCCAGGGCAGUUUCCCGCAGAUCGCAGAGUAUGUGCAGAGGUAUCAGGACCCGAGGCAGGCGGAUGCGAUCAUGAAGGUGCAGCAGGAGUUGGAUGAGACCAAGAUUGUGCUGGUGAGUCGGGCGAGCGAGGCACGAGUACGGCUGAGCAGCGGGCGACGAACCCUCAGCUGACUGGGCUCAUUUGAUUGGGUUGCUCACAUCCUCCUUCGCUCUGCUAUCGCCCGCCAUCGCAGCACAAGACGAUUGAAUCUGUCCUCGCGAGAGGGGAGCAACUCGACUCCCUCGUCGAGAGGUCGAAUACGCUGCAGCAGAGUAGCAAGAUGUUUUACAGG